AUGGCGCGCCCGGCCCCUGUGGAGCCCCCGCUGCGGCAUCCUGCGCCCCCCUCGCCGGCCGCGGGCGAGCCCCGCACCUCUGUUGAGGCGGCGGUGGCCCCGCGGAGAGUGCUGUUCGCCGACGAGGCCCUGGGGCUGCCGCUGGCGCAGCUGCGCCGCUACCGGCCGUGGGGCGGGCCCGGGGCGGGCAAGAUGGCGGCGGCGGCCGGGCAAGAUGGCGACGGCGGCGGGGCUGACGAGGACGACGAUGGCGAGGAUGGGGAUGAAGGGGAGGAGGAAGAGGAGGCUGGCCCUGCGCCCUCGCCGCUGUGCCCCGUCCCCGCUGGCGGGGGGUUUUACCUGGUGCCCACAUUUUCGCUGCCGCCCGCGCCGGGCCGUCUGGAGCGCUUGGGGCGCGUCAUGGUGGAGCUGGAGGCGCUGCUGCCGCCUCCCGGAGCGGUCCCCGGGGGUGCCGGGGUGUGGGUGCCUGGGGGGCGCCCGCCGGUGCUGCGCGGGUUGGUACGCGUGCUGAACCGCUCCUUCGAGAAGGCGGUGCACGUGCGGGCCUCACACGACGGCUGGGCUUCUUUCUGCGACCACCCAGCGCGCUACGUCCCGCGCAGCCCGCCGGGGGCAGGAGCGGGAGGACCAGGAGCAGGAGAUCCCAUCCUGGAUCCCGGCCUGGGCCUGGGCUUGGGCCCUGGCCAGGCGUCCGCCUCCUCGCCCGACGACGGCGGCCGCACUGACCGCUUUGCCUUCCAGCUGCCCUUUGCUGAGGGCGCGGGCGAUGGGGCGCGCCUGGACUUCGUGGUGCGCUAUGAGACCCCCGAGGGCACUUUCUGGGCCAACAACCAAGGCCGCAACUACACAGUCCUGCUCCGGAUCGCACCCGCUCCCACACCCACUGAUGCCGAAGGGCUGCCCCAGCAGCAGCAGCUGCAGCAGCUGGAGCCACAGCCCGAGUGCCAGGGUCCCGUGGAGGCUGAGGCCAGGCAGCUGAAGAGCUGCAUGAAGCCGGUGAGGCGCAGGCCUACUGAGGAAGAGCUGAGGAUGAAGAGUGCGAAGGACAGCACCCCUGCUAUGGCAGAGCGCCCUAGUGUCCAGGAGUCGGUGGGUCCCCUGGUGGCCCCCACCCCUCUCCGUCCAUGGCCUCAGAUGACGCUUCAGGUUUCUGAAGUUACAGUGACUGGCAAACCCCCAGAGGAAGGUGACGUCCCCAGAAGCAGUCCGCCUGUGGCUUUCACGGAGGUCCCCCAGGCACCGGCCAUCAGGAUCCUCCCCUCUUCCUCUCUCUGUGGCCUGGGUGGCUCCCCCAGGGACCAGGCCUCGGGGCCCGAUGCAAGUGAGGGGGCAGCCGGGCCUCUCCUGGAACCCAGCCAGCAACAGGUGGAGGCCACGUGGGAAGUAUCGAGAGAGAAUGGAGGGGGCCGAAAGGACUCCGUGGUGGGGGCCGUUGUGGAUGAACCCCCUGGGGGUCUGGAGGUGGUGAGUGGGUCGGAGGAGCUGCUUGGCGAGGACACCAUCGACCAGGAGCUGGAGCAGCUCUACCUGUCCCACCUGAGCCGCCUGAGGGCUGCUGUGGCUGCAGGUGGGGCAGGGGCUGGCGGGGAGGGCCCCACAGAUGGGGGGGUAUCCCCCAGCCAUGCCCCGGGCAUGCUCACGGACCGCGACCUGAUCUUGAAGUGGCCUGGCCCCGAGCGGGCCCUGAACAGCGCCCUGGCGGAGGAGAUCACACUGCACUAUGCGCGGCUGGGGCGUGGUGUGGAGCUUAUCAAGGACACUGAGGACCCUGACGAGGAGGGGGAGGGCGAAGAGGGACUCUCCGUUAUACCCCCUAGCCCCGAAGGGGACACCCCCAAGGAAUCGCCUCCGGAAAUCCUCUCGGGGGCCCAUUCUGUGGUAGCCACCAUGGGAGAUGUGUGGCUCCCGUGGGCAGAGGGCUCGGGUUGUGACAGCCCCGUGGUUCUGGGUGCAGAGGGUCAGUUCACUGGGGCUCCAGAAAAGGGCAUGGGCAAGGACACUGACUCUUUGCGUAUAAGUAGGGUGACAGCUGGGGUGACCGGCUCCCCAGGGGGGAAGCAAGGCCGGAUGGAGUUUACCACCGAGUGGGCAGACAGCUUGGUUCCUAUACCUGGUAAGGAGCUAGCUGCCCCAGUCCUACGGGGGCAAAGUGUCACCCUCCUUGGUCCCUCCGGGGCCGAAGUCUGUCCUUCUGGCCUGGCCAGGCCGCACGUGAGCUCCCAGGAUGAGGAGGGUUCAGGCCCAAGCCUUGAGCCCCCAAAGAAGUCUCCCACCUUAGCAGCCCCUGCAGAAUGUGUGUGUGUAUUUCCUCCCCAGCUCCGGGGGCCCUUGACCCAGACUCUGGGGGUCCUGGCUGGGUUGGUGGUGGUCCCUGUGGCUCUGAACAGUGGUAUGUCCCUCCUGGUGCUUGCGCUGUGCCUCUCUCUGGCCUGGUUCUCGUAG